ACCAGUCGGACCAGAUACUCUUUGGACGAGAUACUCGCUACAACGGGGCCUACAGCUGCAACGGGGGAAGAGAACACAGGAGGAAGAGGGCCAGGACCACGAGAGUCGAUGGCCACAACCGCACAUCCUCAUCAGGCCUUUGCGACUCCCAGAAAGCAAUCACAAGCACAAGCAACAGGUACAGCUCCCCUCCCAGGCACCUUCCUUCCACCCGCACAAGGCUCCUCGAGGGAAGCAACACCCGGCGAACUGCCCAUUUCUUCAAUAGCCCGUACUAGCGCACCUGCAGCCGUACAAUCGAGCAUGACGGGUAAUGCAGCAACUGCAGCAUCCGCUGAGAAACCAAACUCGGAUGUCUUCAAAUCAACCUAUUCCGGUGUCGCCCUCCUCGAAAUGGUCUGUCGUGGUGUGAGUGUCAUGCGCCGCGUCUCUGAUUCCGCCCUCAACGCGACUCAGAUCCUUAAAGUCGCUGGCAUCGAUAAAGCGAAACGCACAAAGAUCCUCGAACGUGAGAUCCUGACGGGUCCACAUGAGAAGGUGCAGGGUGGGUAUGGACGGUAUCAAGGGACGUGGAUCUCGUAUGCCAUUGGACUUGACUUGUGUGAGCGGUAUGGUGUUCGAGCACGACUCUCACCGCUCCUGGACUUUGAUAUGCAGAGUGCCAACUUGACAGCAACGCCUACCAAGCGCGAACAUCAUACCAUCACUGGUCAGAGUUCCUAUCAAACACCCAAUGGCAGAGCAGGCCAAUCACGGCAGGGAUCCCUGCAUAUUGACAAGAAGCUCAAGACGCCCCUCCACAGCUCACCCCUCGUGAGUGCAUUUCCAACACUCCAGGAACCACUCCAGGAUAUUCAAAGUACAGAAACCACGAUUCAUGUCCCCGAACCAAAACAAAUCCCGCUUAUUGAUGCAAGUGAGCCAAUGCGCGAAGAGGACAUGACACCCCUGCCACCCCUCUCACCAGACACAACAGAGCAAUUCGAUCGUUCGCGUGACAUGCUCACACAAAUAUUCCUCGAAACAGAUCCAACACGCUCACCAGACAGUCUUCUCGAUAUUGGCUUUGAUAUCGAAGUCGAUGUACCCAUUGAUGAACUCGGUCAUACAGCGUUACAUUGGGCUUCCGCACUCGCUCGAUUACCACUCGUGCAAGCACUUUUAGCGCGUGGUGCAGAUCCACGCCGUGGGAAUGCAGCGAGUGAAACGGCACUGUUUCGAGCUGUGAUGGUCACUAACAACCUCGACCAAGAAACGUUCAGAAGUCUACUCGACUGUCUUGCACCCAGCAUCUUCAUGCGUGAUGGCCAUAAACGGACCUUGCUGCAUCAUAUCGCACUCACCUCCGGCAUCAAAGGUCGCAGUGCAGCAAGCUUAUAUUACUUGGAAACCCUCCUUGAAUGGAUCGUUCGAGAUGGCGCUAGCAUCUGUGCGCGACAUGGUCUUGAUUUACCACGUUUUCAACGACAACUGCUCGAUGCACGAGAUCGAAAUGGUGAUACGGCAUUGAAUAUCGCUGCACGAUUGGGCAACAAGAUGAUUGUUCAGGUGUUGUUGGAUGUUCAGGCUGAUCCAUACGUCCCCAAUCAUGCUGGUCUGCGACCUGUUGAUUCAGGUGCAUUGCCGGUUGGUUUAGCAACGCGUGAUGCUUCCGCUAUGUCAUUGCUUCCCUCACAAGACGACAAAGCGCCACUCAUUCCAGAAACGGUUGUUCGACAAUCCAAUGUGGUUGUUGAAGAAAUGACACAACUCCUAGUUGGCUUGAAAGAGGAGUUUGAGCAAGAAAUGCAUGCAAAGGAUGCAUUACUGGUGAAUACACAAGCAACCCUUCGACAAACCCAACAAGCACUCGCGAGCCUCAGGCAGCAGGUGGAAGGUGUCAAGGGCCAACAGGGAUCGCUUGAGGAGAUGCGUCAACGGACUGCGAAUUACGGACGUGCGUUACAAUCUCCUGACUUCGCGCCUCAUCAAACACAUGAAGCUGACGGUGUUGCUCCUGUACAAGAAGCGUGUAUGCCUGAUGAAGCGUAUGAUGCUAUCAAGGAGAAAGAUUUACUCCGCAUGCAACGACACGUCCGGGCCUACCAACAAAACAACGCAGCGCUCGACGCACUCGGUCGUGAUUCACUGAGCAGGUCAUCGGAGCUGGAAGCAAAGUGCAGGCGUGUGAUUGCGUUGUGUACGAAUGUCUCGGUGGAGGAUGUCGAUGCGUUGUUGGGGAAAUUGUUGAUGGCUGUGCAGAGUGAUGGACCGACGAGUGAGGUGGACCUGAAUCGUCUUGCUGGGUUCUUGAAAACGGUGAAUGAGAUGUGAAGUGGGACGAAAAGAAUAAUAUGAACCUAUGCGAUGUUGUAUAUGUAUGAUGAGCAAGCGUCUCAUUCGAGUUCUUGGUUGUGAACUUUUGCACGUCGACGCCUGCU